AAACUCCCUGAAACCCUUCACGCACUCUUUGGAGAUCCAUCCGCCUAAACAACAACAAACCCUAACGUAACGAAGAAGUAGAGAGAGAGAGAAAGCUUACAGAUUCUCUUUCUCUCUCUAACUUCACCAUCGAUCUGCACGCACAUCGAUCGUGAUUCCGGUGUUGAUUAACAAUGGCGGAUUCGGCUGCAGCAGCGUCGCAGGCACCUGUAUCUGCGCAAGUUGUCGGGAAUGCGUUUGUUCAGCAGUAUUAUCAUGUACUGCACCAGUCAUCUGAGCUAGUUCAUCGUUUCUAUCAGGAUAUCAGUAAACUUGGUCGCCCCGAAGAAGAUGGUUCUAUGAGCAUGACUACUACUAUGGACGCAAUCAAUGACAAAAUACUGUCACUUAACUACGGCGACUUCAGGGCUGAAAUCAGAACCGUUGAUGCACAAGAAUCAAUGAACGGUGGAGUCAGUGUUCUGGUAACCGGAUAUCUGACUGGAAAGGAUGAUAUUCCUCAGAAUUUCACACAAUCAUUCUUUCUUGCACCUCAAGACAAAGGCUACUUUGUGUUAAAUGACAUGUUCCGUUACGUUGAGAAUGCUAAUCAUCAUGGAGAAGACCAUGCUUCUGAUGAGGAUGCACUGGCUUCUGUAACUCCCGAGCAAGUUACCGAAAUUGUUCCGGUGCCAGAGAACAAUAUUUCUGAGCAAGCUAGUGUAUCGGCAGAUGAAUCUCAUGCAGAAAAGGUUGUUCCUGUGGAGAAUGGAGACGUACCGAUAGAAAAGGAGGAAGAACCAGUUCUUAAGGUUGUUGAUGAAGUGCAGGAUUCAUCACCGGUGGAAGCUGAAUCUCAGACCAAAAUUGAGAAAGCACCAAAGAAGUCAUAUGCUUCUAUUGUAAUGGAUAUGAAGCAAAAUGGUGUAUCCUUUUCAUCUCCAGCACCUGCACCCAGAAAACCUCAACCAAAGAAACAAGAACAACCUUUGCAUAAUGCUCUUGCAACUACUGUAGCUAAUGAACCAGCGGCUUCCAACGGGGAUGCUGUCGAAAAUGGUCUUCAUGAGGAAGAAGUUGAAGGUUAUUCUGUGUAUAUCAAGGGUCUCCCAGUGAGUGCUACACAUGCAAUGCUGGAAGAGGAAUUCAAGAAGUUUGGGCCUAUUAAACCUAAUGGUAUCCAAGUUCGAAGCAACAGGCAACAGGGAUUUUCUUUUGGUUUUGUUGAAUUUGAGACACCUGAAGCAGUUCAAAAGGCCAUCGAGGCUUCGCCAAUCACAAUCAAUGGAAAAAAUGCUGCUGUUGAAGAGAAGCGAUCCACGAACUCUAGAGGAGGAAAUCGGGGAAGAUUUGUGGGUGGAAGAGGACCCGGAUUCAGAACCGAUGGCAUGAGAAAUCGUGGAAACUAUGGAGGUGGCAGAGGUUACAAUCGUGGCGGUGAUUUUGGCGGUAGCAGGAAUGAUUAUGGUAACAGAGGUGGUGGCAGCCGGGGAGGACCAGCUUCAAAUCGCGGUGGUGAUGGAUAUCAAAGAGACUACGGUCGUGUGAAUCGUGGAGAUGUUAAUGGAACUACCAGAAGUACAACACAGUGAGAUAUUGCUUUUACCUCACCAGGUUCAUGCCCAUAUGGCUGGUUUUUUGGCUUCACGUUUUAAAGUUGCAGCGGUUAGGUAGUAGAAAUAAUAUAUUAAUAACGGCUUAUUGGUUUAUUUAAGGAUUUUUUUUUCUAACGUUUGUUUUGGCAUAUGUUCUUUCACGGUGAUAAUAGAUGGGUAGAAAAGAGGUUUAUUUUUUUUAUGAUUUUUUACUUUGUAGUAUAGUUGUAGUCGUGAAUUGUAUUGUUUUUGUUU